AUGUGGUCUACUUUCCUAUUCUUGGCUGCCAUAAAUGUCCACAGUGUGGCAUCAGUGGACUUCGAUUGUAGCAAUCCCUUGAUUACAAAUAAAUGGAGACAGAUGGUUUUGGAUUUUCACAACGAAAACCGAAGAAUAGUCGCUAAAGGCGAGCAGGAGACAAAGGACUUUUUCAACUGGAACUAUGGCAAUAUGCCAAGUGCAGCCGAUAUGAACGAGCUUGAAUGGGAUUGUAAUAUGGAAAGAGCUGCAGAUCUGUUUAUUUGCAAUAAAAUCGAUAUACCUGACACUUAUGGAGUGAUUUUCUUAAACAAAUUCGUAAUCGAUGCUUGUGAUCUGAACUGUACGCAGAUGAGAACAGAGCAAGUGCUUAGAAACUGGUGGAACCAAGCAAAGAAGGUCGACCUCUCAGUUGACGUUCUUUACGAUGUGAAAACGAUCAAGGAGUUUGGAAUGAUGUCUUAUUCAAAAUCGACAGCGUUUGCAUGCUCAUAUGGCAAAUGCAUGGAUGGCAGCAGUGAACUUCUGUGUCUCUAUAAUAGGAAGCCUCCAAUCGGUGGUGAAUUGUACAUGACCGGCCGAACUGUAUUAGACACCUGUUCCGCGUGCAUGCAAACGUGCAGUUUGUAUCUCUGCCAAAAAGACUGCCGCUUAGCAAGCCCUAUCAUUAACGGACCGAAAGACAUGUGCACGCAUGGCAAAGAUGAUAUGGGCUACUACUUGCAAAAAAUGGCCAGAGACAUGCACAAUCAUUACAGGAGGUUAGUGGCGACAGGAUUCGGUAGAGACAGAAGGGAUUAUGCACCACCAGCAAAAGCAAUGCAUCAACUGAGUUACGAUUGCGACAUGCUCGGAGAACUGUCAAGAAUUAAGAUUGAUUGCAAUACGGACUUUUAUACCGCAGAUCAAGGCUACAGCAUAAAUUAUUACAUAUAUGAUAAAGUCGCAAAGGAGGAAGCCCUCAAAGAGGCGAUAGAGGAAUGGUACAGAGAUGGGGAUUAUGAAGACAUACGAGGCCCAAAUGUCACAAGUACAGGGCUGAAGAAAGCGCAGUUUUUUGCAAAUAUGAUGCGUCAAGAUGCGAGAAAUUUCGGUUGUUCAGUAAGGGAGUGUAAAAAGCAAGGAACAACCCAUGUGAUCUGUCAAUAUGAUGACGACGACAAUAUGAUCUACACUAUUGGCGACACAUGCAAGGGUUGUCCUAAGGAGAAGUGCGACAAUAUUUUAUAUGGACUAUGUCCAAAAUCAUAG